GACUCCCCAGCCGGCUGGGCUGGGCCGCACUCCGGGCGGAGUCGGCGAGCGCAGGAUGUGAGCUCACAGCUUGGGACUGCUGGUGGGCAGGCUGCUGCAGGCUAGGGGCGGCUCGGAGUCCGCUGGCCACCCAGCUGAGAGGAGAGGCGCCCCCGGGGACGUCAUUGGCAGCCUCCUGGUGAGGGCUCACCUCCCAUACCCAACCCUUGUGGCAAAUGAAAGAGUCUCCCAGACAAGCCGCCAAAGGAAUUCACUGCUUCACACAGCACCCACGCUGGCUGUCCACUUCCUCGGACAUUCUUCCUAGGGACUUACUUAAAUCUUUUCAGGUACAAUUUCAGUCUAACAAACUGACAUAUGUUAAAUACUUAAAAUGUGCAUGGCAUUGUGCUAAGCACCAUUAGGGGAACACAGCAGUAAACUUGGGAAACCAGUGCCCUGCUUCUGGGUUACACUUACAAGGGAUGAGCAACUGUAAACUCCUGCAUGUGAUGAGCAUUCGGUGAAAUCAUUCCACUUUUUUUCUGUCUCCAUUAUUACCGAUGUGGUCCAGGCUGCCAUCAUCUCUUCUUGCCUUGACUACUGCUUCCUCUGGUCUUCCCACUUUCUCUCUUGCACCUUUACAAUUCAUUCUCUAACCAGCAGCAAGUUAUCUUUUCAAAAUACACUACAAGCAAGUCAGAUCAUAUCACUCCCCUGCUUGUAAUCCUCCAGUUGAUUCAUAUACUAUAUAGCAAUUGGUAUGAAAUCCACACUUUGUUAUCAUCUAAAGCCUGCCUUCCCUGACUUGACAUCAAACCAACUUCCCCCUACUGUCUGUGCACCAGCCAUUAUGACCUUAUUUCUGAUCCUAAAACUUGUUUUUAUUUUAUUGUUGUUAAGACGAGAUUUCCCUAUGUCACCCAGGCUGACCUGCCCAGGCUCAAGCCGUCAUCCCACCUCAGCCUCCCGAGCAGCUGAGACCACAGGCAUGAGCCACCAUAUCUGGCUAAUUUUUUUUUUAUUUGUAGAAACAAACUCUCACUAUGUUGCCCAGAUUGGUCUUGAACUCCUGGGCUCAAGCAGUCUGCCCACUUCGGCCUCCUAAAGUGCUAGGAUUACAUGUGUGAGCCACCACACCCGCCCCCUAAAACUUGUUUCUAACAGGAACUUUGCACUUACUCUUCCAUCUGUCUAGAAAGCUCUCUUCAAACCUCAGCUGAAAUGUCACCAUCCCAAAGAUGCUUUUCCUGUCCCUCUGUCUAAAUUAGUGCCUCUCCCUAAUCACUCUCAUAUCACUGUUUUAUUAUCUUUAUUGCAUUUAUCAGGUUCUGGAAUUAUCUGCUUAUUUAUUUAAGUCCUUGUUGAUAGUCUGUUUCCUUCCACUAGAAUGUAAGCUCCAUGUGGACAUGACUUUCUAUAUGUGUUCUCUUCUGAGUACCCAAUGCCUGGCACGUAGGGGUACAAUAAAUGCUAGCUCUCUCUGUUUUUAAAAAUUCCUGUUAUGAUGCUUCUUUGAACUGUUUGAAGGCAAAGACAAUAUUUUUUCAUUGUUCCCUACUGCUUAGCAUAGUAGGCACGCAGUAGUUUAAUUGCUGAAUGAGUUAAAUGAGCUAGUACCUAUUAAAUGCCAAGAGAUGGGGAUCACUUGAGCCUGGGAGUCAAAGGCUGCAGUGAGCCGAGAUGGUGCCACUGCACUCCAGCCUAGGUGACAGAGUGAGACACUGUCUCUAAGAAAAAAAAAAAAAGAAAGCAAAAUGGCAGGGACUUAGCCUCUGCCAGGGAGCAGUGCUUGGGCUUGUCAGGGAGAGAAUGAGUACAGUCGUGUUUCUGCUAUCGUCUCCUCCUGAGCUCUCUCUGCUGGUUCGUGUCUUCUCUUCCGUCUCCCAUGUACAGCACUGAGAGUAUGAGGCUCUGGCCUCCACUGGCCACUCACUCGUGACCGUUUCCACCACGGCGGAGCAUUCCAAGCCUACCUCCUGCCGUGUGGUUAUCUACCUGCAACGGGAGAUGUCGGGGGACACCUGCCUGUGCCCGGCCUCAGGGGCCAAGCCCAAGCUCAGUGGCUUCAAGGGAGGAGGGUUGGGCAACAAGUAUGUCCAGCUCAAUGUGGGCGGCUCUCUGUACUACACCACUGUGCGGGCCCUGACCCGCCACGACACCAUGCUCAAGGCCAUGUUCAGCGGGCGCAUGGAGGUGCUGACCGACAAAGAAGGCUGGAUCCUCAUAGACCGUUGUGGAAAGCACUUUGGCACCAUUUUGAAUUACCUCCGAGAUGACACCAUCACCCUCCCUCAGAACCGGCAAGAAAUCAAGGAAUUGAUGGCUGAAGCAAAGUAUUACCUCAUCCAGGGGCUGGUGAACAUGUGCCAGAGUGCCCUGCAGGACAAGAAGGACUCCUACCAGCCUGUGUGCAACAUCCCCAUCAUCACAUCCCUAAAGGAGGAGGAGCGGCUCAUCGAAUCCUCCACCAAGCCCGUGGUGAAGCUGCUGUACAACAGAAGCAACAACAAGUAUUCCUACACCAGCAACUCUGAUGACCACCUGCUGAAAAACAUUGAGCUGUUUGACAAGCUCUCCCUGCGCUUCAACGGCCGCGUGCUCUUCAUCAAGGAUGUCAUUGGUGACGAGAUCUGCUGCUGGUCCUUUUAUGGCCAGGGCCGUAAGCUGGCAGAGGUGUGCUGUACCUCCAUCGUGUAUGCCACAGAGAAGAAGCAGACCAAGGUGGAAUUCCCAGAGGCCCGAAUCUAUGAGGAGACACUCAAUGUCCUACUCUAUGAGACUCCCCGCGUCCCCGACAACUCCUUGUUGGAGGCCACAAGCCGUAGCUGCAGCCAGGCUUCCCCCAGUGAAGAUGAGGAGACCUUUGAACUGCGGGACCGUGUCCGCCGCAUCCACGUCAAGCGCUACAGCACUUACGAUGACCGGCAGCUCGGCCACCAGUCUACCCAUCGCGACUGACCAGACCCUCAGGGAGUCAGGGCACGGGAGGCCCUAUCUCCCGUCCUGUGGAACCCGCCCCAUUGGCCACCCCAUGCUGCUGCUGCCUGGGUCUCUGCUCUAGCACCCAGAGGCAUGACAGGCCCUGCUCAGAGGUCAGAGGGUCUGGGCAGAGGAGGGACCACAUUCCCCUGCCUUGCCCCUGAGCACUUCUGGAGACUGCGUCCUGUCCUAUCUGCUCACCAUCACCCUUCCUGCCUGACAGGGAGCUGCUUCUGCUCCCUGGGGCAUAUGGACUGACCCACCUCCUGCUGAGAACCUUCCCCUAGGCCCUGUGCGGAAGGGCUACUGCCCCUUAGGCCUCAGCUGAGGCCCAUGGGGAAUGGGUUCAUUCUGGGGGAAAGGCAGCUCCUGGUGCUGUAGAGGCCCAGUUUUAUAACAGAAAGGGACGUCUUUUUUCCUAAGGUGUUUAAGCACAGGCUUGAUAAGUUUGGUUUUUAAAAAAUAAUCUAGGAAAUGAAUAGUUCUAAAUCUAGUAAUGAGGAAACUGGGCACUUCUUUGCCCUUCAGGGUGCCAAGACCCUACAUAUGACAGAACCCUUGGCCCUUCUCCAUGCCUGUGGGAUCUGUUUCUUUAAAGCACUUUGUACUGUUAUUCAGGAGGUUGAUAUUCUCCUUGACCCAUGUCUUUCUACCCUAAUCCCCACUUCCCUGCAGAAUCAAUCUGAGGGAGGAGAUAAAGAGGAAGCAAUAAAAAAAAAACAUCCGACAGAGCAGCUCUGGCUUUGCCAGCCUGGCCAGCAGCUCAGAGUGCACCGAGGAGGGAAGGAUGGCUAAGCUGGGACCGGCAGUCCUCACAGGGUGCCUGUGAGAAAGGACAUUUUACCCCCCGAUCUUAAGAGUCACAUCACUGACUCCUAGGUCUAGCACGACUGCUCUUUGUGAUUCUCUUGAGUACUGUUGGCUUCCAGCCAUGCUGUCCUCACAUACGGUAAAGCCAAAGAGCUGUCACGGGCCAGAAACAUGAGCCACAGCAGGAAGACCGUGGAGCCCAUGGGCACUGCAUGGUAUUGGCUGGCAUGCCCAUCAGCUGAGGACAGCAAACUCAGAGCCCAGUGCUCCCAGCAGCCCCUGCAGAGGUGGCACAUGCUUGGCCACACAUCUACUCCCUGCCCACACCAUCUAUGCUCUUGGUUUGUCCUGGCUGGGAUGGCAGUUCUGCCCAGUGGUGUCUCUGAGCGCAGGAUGACAGGAGCAACCGAAGCACCCUGAAGGCCUUCACUCCUUGUUGGGUAACUCAGCCAUGGAGAUGCCAAGCACUAGCCAGGAGGUGAAUUCCUCUUUAGGGCUUUGGUUUUCAUUCCUUUUUGUUUGGCUUGGCCAAACCAGAAUUCAGCUUAUCUGAAUUAUUUUCCAAAGGAAUGCUGUCAGGGAGGGACUAUUCUGCCAGCCUAAAAAAGCAACAUAGCCACGUGUAGUACCCACUUUCUGCUCUUUGGAGAGAACACAGGUUAUCAAGUUCAUCUCUCUUGACUACUCUUAUGAUAGCUGAUGCCACAGAGCCUAUGGGCAAAUGCCAGACCCAGGGUCAGACACGAGGACCUGAAGUGACAUGACGGCGGGACAGGGGAAAUGUGACUAAUUAGGGAUUUUAUGUUAGUCACAGUCUUUAAUGUAUAAACAGCACUAAGACUCUCAGGUCAGGUACCUUGGUGAUCAGCUACUAGUUCUUCCAGCCCUCAUUGAGGUAACAAGAUAAAGACAAAUCCACUUCUUUGGCCAAAUUCAGGCUUUGGCUUUAUGGCUUUCCCACAGGACUGGAAUGCGUCAGCCUGAGACCACUGGCCUAUUUUCUCAGCUGUCCUCUUGAGGUCCUUUAAUACUCAAAUUCCCAGCUCCCCACGGAGGUGUUUUGAUGCUUGCCUUUUGACCUCCUCAUCCCCUUUAGUCCCUGCUUACUACUUUGACAUUCACAUCCUCAGUGUUUCGGUCUUUUUUGCUGAGAAAGCACAGUAGUCUGGGACUGGGCAUUUAUCUUCUCUGACUGAAAAUCUCUCCUUGGUCUUAAGGAAAAUACUAACAUUGAACUCACUGACAUGAUCUUAGCUUCUUUAAUCAGACUUUGUGACUUAAAAGUUUGGGGGUUUUCUUUGAAAGUUUCCAGCCCUAUUCAGAAAGCAACUCUUGGCUGUGUGCAUUUUUCAACUCCAAGCAGCCCAGGGGUAAGUAAACAAAAAAGUAUGGAUGAAGGUCAGACUUUCUUGUCAGUUUCUGAGAAACCUGGCAGCCUGCUGUUAACAACACAGACCAGUAUUGGGUUUUAUUGAAUUUGGUAUGUGACCAAGGUUGGCCUAAAGGAUGGCGCAGGUCCUGGGCAGGAAAGAAUUUUUCCUUUAUCACAUAACUAAUAUUUGGUUGCUCAGCAUAAGUGAUGGAAGCAAACACUAAUUUCUAAUAAAAUUGUGUUAAACUCAA